AUGACUCACAAUCUAGGUCUCGGUAUUCGCAUGCCGGCCAUUAAGGAUGUGGAGAGGCAGUUGAAGCAAGUCGUUGACAGCUUUAAAGAUCUCGACACCACGGCCAAGCGCGACUUGGCCGAUGUCUUCGAGUACAGCGACCAGUCUACUGCCAAGCUCAAGGAGUACUCGGACAGGUCAGUGGUCAACAAGACCAUGGCUGCCGACCUCCAGCAGUUGAUACGUGUCUGCGAGGAGGGGAACCAGGUACUGGACGAUUAUCUGCGCCAGGAUGAGAAUCUAGACGACUUGGGCGCCUUGGCUAGAGACCGAGAAGACUAUGUGGGACAAAGAGCCUUUGACCACAUCCUGAGAAAUCCGAAUAUAUCGGUGGCCAUGCUGCAGCAUUGGGGACCUGCGUGGUCUGAAAAGCUCGAGAAGGCUUUGCGGGACCUUGACCGGCCAAGCCAGCUUCCAAUCGGGAUCGUAAAGGAUCUUCAGGGCGAUCUUACUCAUGCGCGGGGCGAGAUUGCUCAGCUGCUAGAGGACAAGGCAAAGCUGGCGACGGAGCUCGAAGCCGUGCGCUCCCUGCAGGCGGAACAACGCCAAUCUGCCACGGAGAAGCUUCAAUCGGCGAAGCGUCAAGCUCGCGAAGCCAUUGAGGAAAACAAGAGGCUUCGGGACCAGCUGGCCUCUCUUGACAUGGAGUCGGCUGCCUCCAAAACAAGGCUCCAAGAGCAGGAAGAAAGGGCGGCUAUUCAGACGUCUCUUGUCGAUGCCUCCAUCAAUGUCAUGGAGAGCAUCACCGACAGCCCGGGACAGCCCGAAGACGACUGGGAUGCGCUUCUGCAGUACGUCAAUGACUCGCCGCGGAAGCUUGCCGCAGAGUCCGACUACACGGGCUGGCUCUGGCUGGAUGUCUGGAGCGGCGACAUGGGCAAGACGGGCAAGACCUGUCCUCAUGCCUGUCACGGAGACCAGGCACUCAUCAAGCUGUUUUUCGCGCUAAGGCGCGAUGAGCUUCUUGGCUCCGGCUGCGAGGCCCUCACAUUGCUCCAGUCUGUCGUCUCUGCACUCGCCGCAGCCGCCAGUGUGUCGGAGGGACUCUGCAAGUUGGCUACAGAUGCCAUCAGUGGCCUGCCAGCCUGUGAGCUGCCCAUUUGUCUCAUGUUGGGCCAGAUCCUCCACAUCGUCUCGGAGCGGUGGCCAUCAGUCGGAGCUGACCUCUCUGGGUUCGUUGGUACACAGAGAGCAUGGCUCAAGGGCGACGAUGGCGCCUUGGUCGAGGCCCUCCUCCUCCAAGGACAAGAAGGGCACGUGUGCGACACUGUCCGGCUGUAUGCCCGUACAACCUUGGAUGAAAAUUCGCCCGGGGUUGUUGUUGUCGAAUCAGUCGACAUGUUUCUUUACAUUGAUGCGCGCGGAAUGCGUCUUCGAUGGAUUGAAGCAGACUGCGUCGACUGGGAGGACAUUGGCUUCGAUGCCCUGAAAUUGAAGUCACCCACGGGCAUUGAAUGUAUUCAUGCCUUGCCUCAUUCUGGAGCAUUGGCACUUGCUCUCAUCAGAAUGAAGGUUCGAGUCUCCCAAAGCGGGCAUGAGACGUGGGAGGGAUUCGGCGAUUAA